AUGUCACUUAAUCGAGAAAAUGAAAAUAAAAUGAAAUCAAAGAAAAAGCAAUCAAUAAUAUCAGGAAGCCCUUCAAAGUUCAGAAACUCUUUUCAGUAUCCUUCUCUGCCUGAUAUUCAUGGCUUUAUAGGAUUUAAAAACGAAUUCGGGGAAAUGAACUGCUUCUUAAACUCUGCCUUGCAAGUUCUGUGGCAUUUUCAUUCUUUUCGGGAUUUAAUUCUAACGCAAAAUCUCAAAUGCGAGCUCCAAGAUGAUCAUUAUUGCCUAGUUUGCGGACUAAAGCAGCUUUUUACCCAAAGUCUACAAAAUCUACUUCAAUCUCAGGAAAACAUCAUAGACAUUUCUCUAUAUCGAAGACAUUUAUCAGAAGUUUACAAAUCGGUCAAAAGAUUUGGGAUUCAUUCAGCUGACGACAGCAUGGAAGCUUUAAUGGCGAUUCUGAAAGCUAUUCAUUCGAAUGAAAUCGGAGAUACCAGCGAGGGUGUUAAUUCUGAUAUCUCAAAUGCAAGCUGUGGGAGAUCUUGCAUCGCGCAUCAAGUUAUUGAUCUUCAAGUCCAUGAAUCAUUAAUCUGUGAGUGCGGAAGUAAAGUGGAAAACGACUGAGAUUUUUCUUCCUUUUCUCAUCCUUUCUAUAUCUAUGAUAUUCUUGAAGAAACCAAAAAAUUUCAUCCAGAGAAGCUUGUGAGAGAAGGCAUAAGAGAAAAUUUAGCAGAGUGCUUGAAGUAUUCCAGUAUCAUACCUAUUGAAGGGGCAAUCCCAGAAUUCAUUCGAAGCCAAUGAGAAAAUGCUAAACUUGACAUAUGUCCAAAUACUGAAAACUGCUGUGUAAAUAGAAGUAAAAACUCACUGAUUUUAAGAUCUCACCCAAUUAUUUUUACUAUCCAAUUAAUUUGGCAUGAAAAAAAUCCAAACUAUCUCGAAAUCCUUCAAAUUUUGGCAUCAAUUCCUCUAAAUUUGUCACUUGGCAGGAUUUAUGCAGAGGCUCAUAAUACAAGCCAUAUACUAAAGGGAAUGAUUUUAUAUGGAGGAUUUCACUAUGUUUUUGUUGUAAAGCAUUCAGAGAAUAAUUUAUGAUACAAAUUGGAUGAUGAAAAUACAUCGCUACUAGGAAAUGGAUCAUGAAUAAAAGCAAUUGAAGAAAUAAUUGAUUGCAAACUUUAUCCUGUAGGAUUAUUCUAUGAAGAAUCAGACCAAAUAGAGCAUGAAGGCUUAAGAGAUAUAGAUUGAAUUGAAUUAGAAGCCAAAAUCAUGAAUAAAAUUUGGAAGAGGAAACGGUCAGAGUUAAGUUCUCAGAAAAAGUGCCUCACUCCAAAAAUCUAUCGAUCAAGAGAAAGCAGAAUCUUCUUAAAAUCUCAGAGCCAGAGCCCUUGCAUAAAAAAUAGCGAUUCUAAUAUGCAAAUAGAGCAAAAUCCUGAGUUGUGACGAUGCAAUUGUGGAAGGACUAACGAAAUAAAUUGGCAGUGUUGUCCAAGCUGUAAAGAGUUAAAGCCUGGUGAAAGUGGAUGAAUUUGUAGAGAUUGCACUUUUAAAAAUGAUCCUUAUUUUGUUAUAUGCCAAGUAUGUGGAAGUAUGAAAAAGGAAUUGAAGCCUCAAAGUCAAAGCAAUUCAGCUGGAAAACCAAAUAUACCUUGACAAUGCAAAAUUUGUAAAGAGUUUAAUAGUUCAAAGUGCCAAGAAUGCACUCAUUGUUCUAAGAAAAAAUCAAAAAUACAAGGGUCAAGCAGACUUCUUGCAAAUGUGUGGCUAUGCAAAUUAUGUGGAUCUUAUAACACCCAAAGUUAUUGCAAGUGUCUAGAACUAGAACUAAUUAUCUAUUAACGUUUAACGUCCACUACGGGGUAGCGACUCCAGAGCUACCACCAUAUUUAUCCACGUGUCGGGCCAGGAGACUGCUGGAUCGAUCCCUUUUGAUCCAGGGCACGGGUAAAUAUGACGUUCCGGCUUCGACGGGCUUCGCUGCCGUCACAGCUUUGUUUCGACUCAGCUCCUGCGCGUGUUCCGCCUGAGAGUCCAUCUCCCUUUGGAUGUGCUGAGGGGUAAAACUCCAGAUCUUGAUCGCACUGAGGAGCAGUUCCUUUGGUUAUCCCCAAAGUUAAACCGCUGUUGCCGUGCAGAAGUUCUUGAGGUAAAAACCCAACCCCAUAAAUAAAAUUGCUUGAGUGAGAAAGUUAGCAGAGCUAACUUCGCUCGAGCGAAAGCCAAUUUAUUUAUAGUGACUUCAGGUAGAUGGCGCGGAAUGCGCCAUCUACCUGAAAUCUCUAUAUGUUAUUGCAAGUGUCAAUUUCGUACACCUCAAAAAAAUCAAUGUAAUAAGUGUGGGGAAGAUAUAGCAAUCGGCAAUUUUUGUCUUAGUUGCAUAUCCGAGAGAUGCCAGAUUUGCCAUAAAACUAUAGCGAUUACUGAUAAAAAGUUUUGCUGAAAAUGCAAGUCUGAAUCAACUGGGAAUUUUUGUCUCAAGUGUAGCUAUUAUUUUGAAAGCUCCAAGUUACUGUGCAAAGGAUGCGUUCUAUUAGUAUGGGAAUGUGAAAAUUGCAAUAAAUUCAAUUGGCCAACUGAUGAAGAAUGCUUUAACUGUAAAAUCCUCCAUAAGAGGGACCAAAAUUUAGAGACUCCUAUCUCUCACUCAGAAGAAAGCUAUUAUAAGGAGCUUUCAUGUUGCUUCUGUGGUAUGAAGUUGACUAUGGGAGAGUAUAAAAAUUGCUAUUAUUGUCUGAAGAGGACAAGAGACAACCACUGUGUAGCCUGCAAUUUAGAUUUGACUCCUGAUAAAUAUAGCUGCAUGAUGUGUAGAAAAACAAGAUGAAUUUGUAAAUGUGGCCAAAAACAUUUAAAUUCUAAGCCUAUGUGCUUGAAUUGCAAUAGCUAUAAAAUCAGUGCUUAA